AUGAUACUGCUCCACCAUGAGCCGAUCACGGCGGCCUCGCUCGGCCCGGAGGAGGACAGGCCCAGGGCGACCUCGCUCGGCCCGGAGGAGGACAGGCCCAGGGCGGCCUCGCUCGGUCCGGGGGAGGGCAAGCCCAGGGCGACCUCGCUCGGCCCGGAGGAGGACAGGCCCAGGGCGGCCUCGCUCGGCCCGGAGGAGGACAGGACCAGUGCGGCCUCGCUCGGCCCGAAGGAGGACAGGCCCAGGGCGGCCUCGUUCGGCCCGGAGGAGGACAGGCCCCGGGCGACCUCGCUCGGCCCGGAGGAGGACAGGCCCAGGGCGACCUCGCUCGGCCCGGAGGAGGACAGGCCCAGGGCGGCCUCGCUCGGUCCGGGGGAGGACAAGCCCAGGGCGACCUCGCUCGGCCCGGAGGAGGACGCCUCUGCCGAGGCUGGCCAUCCCCACCUGCCGGACCAUGGGCCGCGCGCGAAGCUGGCCAUCCCCACCUGUCGGACCAUGGGCCGCGCGUGA